AAAAAAAAAGAAGAGAGAAAAAUAUACACAGUAACACGUCCGUGGUAGGUCCUCCUGAAGCUCGGCCAUUUGCCUCAGCGAGUAGCGAAUUGUAGCUGAUUCGUGAGUGACACCAAGUGACACUAAGCCCCAGGUCUAACAAAAGAUUUUCAUUUUUAAAUAUUUUUUUUGACAAUUACCUGGGCGGGUUAUACCCGUUAAUACGUCAAAAUAACGCGUCGAAAAAGGAUGAUACAUUCGGGGCGUACGAGACUCGAGCAAAAAGUAAAUGAAAUAAAAGUGCAUAAAGGGAUCCAGACGGUUGCGAGGAUGGAGCAAUCGACGAUGGCGGGUAAUCAGUGGUCGAAGCACCAUUAUCCCUACCAACAUUAUUAUCAUCAUUACCACAAUUAUUAUUACUAUCAUAAUGAUCACCAUCAUCGUCAUCAUCACCGUCACCAGCAUGAUCAGCAGCAUCAUCAGCAGCAGCGUCAGCGGCAGUGCUGCGAUCAUCACCACCAGCAGCAGGAAUGUCUGCCGAGCUCUUACUAUAUGUCCCCAUCGAUAGCCCAAAUCUCGAUGGGUAGUAUGAAAAAACAGUCCUCUGGUGUACAGCUAACAUGGGUAUUUCAUGACGACGAGGCACAAAUAAACAAAAAACUGCCAAAGGAAUUACUGCUAAGGAUCCUAUCAUAUCUUGAUGUAGUCUCGUUGUGUCGAUGUGCUCAAGUAAGCAAAGCCUGGAACGUUUUAGCUUUAGAUGGAUCCAAUUGGCAGCGAAUUGAUUUAUUCGAUUUUCAACGAGACGUUGAGGGACCAGUGAUAGAAAAUAUAUCAAGAAGAUGUGGAGGUUUUUUACGUCAGCUAUCCCUCCGCGGUUGCCAAAGUAUAGGCAACAACUCGAUGAAAACACUCGCCCAAUCUUGUCCUAACAUCGAAGAAUUGAAUUUGAGCCAGUGUAAAAAAAUAUCAGACGUAACUUGCGCUGCGUUGAGUAGCCACUGUUCAAAGUUACAGCGUCUGAAUCUAGACUCGUGUCCGGAGAUAACCGAUCUUGCGCUCAAGGACUUGUCAGACGGCUGCCGACUACUUACUCACAUUAAUUUGUCUUGGUGUGAGCUGUUGACAGACAACGGGGUCGAAGCACUGGCACGUGGAUGUCCAGAGCUGAGAAGUUUUCUAAGCAAGGGCUGCCGACAGCUUACUGAUCGGGCCAUAAAGUGCCUCGCUCGUUACUGCCCAAACCUCGAAGCAAUCAAUCUCCAUGAGUGCCGAAAUAUAACUGACGACGCAGUGCGAGAAUUAAGCGAACGUUGCCCGCGACUGCACUACGUUUGUAUAUCAAACUGUUCAAAUUUAACAGACGCCUCGUUGCUGAUGCUAGCACAACACUGUCCACUCCUCAGUAUUCUCGAGUGUGUUGCCUGCACUCAUUUCACUGACGCUGGUUUCCAAGCCCUCGCUCGAAACUGCAGGCUAUUAGAGAAAAUGGAUCUAGAAGAGUGCACUCUCAUCACUGAUGCCACUCUCAUUCAUCUUGCAAUGGGUUGCCCGCGACUUGAGAAACUGAGUUUGUCUCAUUGUGAAUUAAUAACUGAUGAAGGAAUACGACAGCUUGCACUGUCACCAUGUGCUGCUGAAAAUUUAGCCGUUUUGGAGCUUGAUAAUUGUCCACUUAUAACGGAUGCUAGUCUAGAUCAUUUGUUGCAGGCGUGCCAUAAUCUUGAACGAAUCGAGCUUUAUGACUGCCAGUUAAUUACUAGAUCCGGCAUACGUAGACUUCGGUCACAUUUACCAAAUAUCAAAGUACAUGCGUACUUUGCACCAAUGACACCACCACCAAGCGCCGGCGCAUCUCGACAACGUUACUGUCGUUGCUGUGUUAUCCUGUGAUUUAACAAUCGAUUAAUACUCAUUAUAUAUGAGUAAUUAUAAAUAACUUGUUUAUUGAUUUGCCAUCGAUUUAUUGGCUGGUGAUGGAUGACAUUCAUCCAUCAACAUAAGGAGAGUAGCCUUUUGAUGGUAUUUUUGAAGGAGACAUAAAACGUUAUUACUGCGAAGAGUAUUUGGGGAGAGGUUUGUUGAGUAACAAAAAAAAAAUAAAAUAAAAAUAACCGAGUCCGCGUUUAAAUUGAUCACACAUUAAUCGACUAAAUAAAUAUCCCGAUGAUAUUUGUUUAUUAUAUUGAUUUAUAAUAAUAAUAUUAAUAUGUAUUUUUCGGAUUACUCUGUAUUUUAUUUGUGUAGGCAUUAUGUUUCAUUAUUAUCAUUAUAUACUUUUUUUUUUUAAUGAUAGACUGUUUUUUUUUUUUUUUAUUAAUUAACGUUCUCUGCGUUAUAUUAAUUAACUAGGAGAGUACAGACUGAAAAUGAGAAACAAACAAAUCAAAUUUUUAUUCGCGCGGUUUUUUAAAUUUAACAGUUAAUAAUUAUAAUUAUUAAUAAUCGUUAUUGUUGUUAAUACUAAAUAUUUCAUAAUUAAAAAUAUGAAUGUGUUUUUUUUUUUUUUAAUUUAAAUUUAAAUUUGAUGAUUUAAACCGAAUUUUUAGGCCGCUGAAAAUAAAUUAAUGACAAUUUAAAUCGCACGAGUUUAUUCAAACGAUAAAUUAUUUAAUAAUAAUAAAUGACAGGGUCAUUGAUGAUGGUAUUCGCGAACCGGAAAUGAAAUUAAACAAACAAAAAAAAUUGUCGUGGCACGAUUUUACCGGGGCCACUUGUAAAGUCAAGCGUUUGGUUAUCAAUUAAAAAACCAACAAUUAAUUUUAAUCGACAUGGUCGUUUUAAAAAUAAAAAAAAACAUCUAAAAAUAAAAACAAAUGGGUAAAAAAAAUCAUGAAAAGCGCAAGUUAUUUUAAAUAAAGCGCGAGCUCGCCUACGAGUGUUGAUUUUUAAAAAACUAAAUGGAAACGUAAUGGAUUUAAAUGAAAUGGAGGCCAAUAGUUGAAAUAAUAUUAAUCAUUAAAAUAAUUAAUUAAUAAUUAUAAAUAAAUAAAUAAAUAUAUAAUAUGUUUUAUACGCCACAUGUCAUCAUUAGAUAAACAAGAAAAAAAUUAAUUAAUCGUCGUGUCUACUAUCACAUAAAUAGUGUAUCAGUAGUAAAUACCUUACGUCAUAUUUUGAAAGUCGCACAUGUCUUGAGACGUACAUGAGCGAGUCGUUUUAACGAUCCUGCGACUAAUAUAUAAU